UUGUGUACACACUUCUUAUUCUGGCUGGGUUUCGCUUUGUUGUUUUUGCUGCGAAUAGUUCGGAAACGGUAUACGAAAUACGAAAAGUUACAAAUUGUAAAGCCUGACAUCAGCUGCAGAGAGACAAAGAUAGAGAGACAGAGAAGAAGCAUUGCUGCUAAUUGAAAGAUGUCGGCUAAGCGCAAGGCAGGUGGUAACGGGGCCGGUCCCAACAAGCGUCGUCCAAAGAAGAAGGAAUCGGACUAUGAGGACGAGUUUAGUGAUGAAUCCGAGGAUGAUGUUGCCCAACAACAGCAGCAACAGGGAAGCGCCCAAAUGGAGGUGCUUAUACCACACGACAAUCUGGAUCCGCCCAGCAAGCUACCGGAGGACUUGCUGGCAACGCUGGAGAAGACACCGGGUCAGUUGCUGCUGGCUGGCAUGGUUACCUGGGAUUUAACCGGCAAGCGUGAUCGUAAAAAUGUCACUAAAGUGCGUCCCAAUUUGUACAGCUUUCAUCGCUUUACGGACGAGAAGUAUCGCUCUGUAGCCAGUGGUCCCACAGCGGCGCACACAAUACUCAUCAACAUGGAUCGCAAGGCACUUGGCUUUGGUCGCAAUCCCAGCGGACAGUUGGGUCUCAGUCAGGAUAUCAAGCUGGUGGAGAAGCCAACUUUAAUUCCUGCGCUGGAGCAACUGAAUAUUGUUCAGGCAGCCGCUGGGCGCCAUCACACGCUUUUCCUCACUGACACGGGCACUGUGUAUGCCUGUGGUGAGAACAAGUCGGGUCAAUGUGGUGUGGGAAAUACGCAUCCCAAUAUCUAUGCGCCCACUCCGAUUAAUUAUCGCGGUCCGCCCAUAAUUCGCAUUGGCUGUGGCGCUGAAUUCUCAGUUAUUCUCGAUAUCAAGGGCAAUUUGCACACAUUUGGUUUGCCUGAAUAUGGACAAUUGGGUCACAACACGGAUGCCAAGUACUUUGUAAAUGCAAACAAGCUCUCAUUCCAUUUCGAAACAUCGCCCAAAAAGGUUGUACUCUAUAUUGAGAAGAGCAAGGAGGGACAUGUGACACCCGUGGAUGGUGUGCAGAUUGUAGACUUUGCUUGCGGCAACAAUCACACGGUGGCCAUUGACUCCAAGAAGCGGGUUUACAGCUGGGGCUUUGGCGGCUUUGGGCGUUUGGGCCAUGCUGAGCCAAAGGAUGAAAUGGUUCCGCGUCUUAUGAAAUUCUUUGACACCCAGGGACGUGGUGGACGAAGUGUCUAUUGCGGUUCAACCUUCAGCUUGAUUGUUAACGAGCUCGGCCUGCUCUACCUCUUUGGACAGAACAAAAAAACCGGCGAAGCCAACAUGUAUCCCAAACCUGUACAGGAUUUGGCAGGCUGGAACAUUACAUCAAUUGGUUGCGCCAAUACCUCAAUUAUGAUUUCGGCAGAUGACACACUAAUUGCCUGGGGCGCUUCACCCACAUUUGGUGAACUGGGCAUUGGCGAGUUCCAGAAGUCGUCGACGGUGCCGAAAGAAGUGCCCAAAAUGGACAGCAUUAAAAUACCUCAGGUUACCAUGGGCUAUUCCCAUACUGCUUUGCUUGUGGACACGACUCACGAGGCCACCAAGCAGAAGUUUGAUAAAAUGCCCGAAUAUACCAUUGAGGAUUAGGAAUCCAAUUUUCCACCUCAAAAAAAAAAAGAAAAAUUAACAUACAAACAAAUGAAAAGAACAUUAAGUAUACCGCUGCCAACAAUAAUACUGCUCUAUAUACAUACAUAGAUACUACAAAAACUUGAACUGAUCAACGAAACGCUGCUGCUACUUAUUAAUAGAAGAAUAAUAUGAUGAAGACGAAAGAACAGAACUCAUCAACAUUUUAAGCUAUAAGUUUAAAGUACUUCAACUACUCUGAACUUUCACCCCAAUAACUUAUAUCUCAAAUAUCGAUAUCAGCAUUACAAUUACAAUGCAUAUUAUUUUUGGUAAUUAGUAUUCAUAAUUUAUUUUCUAUUUAUGAGUGUAUUUCGUAAAAUUUGCUCUUUCUUAAUUUAUUGCCGCCCAUAAUUAGGCUUAAAAAUUUGCCCAAUAACAUCUAUUCCAGUAAUACAUUUUAAUUUUUUUUAAUAUUUAUAUACUUUUCUGAAAUGCUGUUUAGUUAAGAUCCAUUCAUUUACAGUAUUGCAUGGUCCAAUUUGGACAGCAUCAUGAACAACAAUAAUAAUAAAAAAAACAACCACACAACUACAAUGUAAAAUUAUGCGCAUAAGUUUAAUUAUAAAAAUAAAUAUACAAAACAAAAAACAAAAAGUAUACAACGGAAUAAAAUCCAAUAGAAGUUGCAACUAUUAAACUACAUCAAGCAUUUUAAUCAUAUACAAAACAAAUAUUUAAAUAAAGAGAAAACAUGUUAGUAUU